GCGUAUGGCGUCAUCUAGUUUCCAAAAUGCGGAUUAUUGUCUAGUCGCCCAAUACGUCGAUUACAAAACACUGGGAGAGUUGUGAAGUGCCGUACUGACCCGAAAAGUUUGUUUGGGGAUACUCACUCGCAUCCCAGUGGAAUAACAAACGAAUUCACCAUCUUCUGAUCCUGUGGAAGACAACGGCUGAGUGGAGUGUGGAGUUGUGUGUGCUGUGCUGUAUGAGAUGCAUGCAAUGCAACAGACGUCUACUUUUGUUCGUGGCAAAGACUUUCCUGAGAUGAACUUGUGAUGGAAAAAGGCAACCAUGACUUCAGGAUCACCUUCACGGAACGUACAGGCACUGCGAAACCUCUUUGUUGAGAAGAAUCCACCUGCUGUGCUGAGGAUACCAAGACCUGUGAUUGCUCCCAAACCGUCACGUGUAUUCCCUUCAAACACAACAAAUGUCCAAGGAGGGACACAUAAUCCUCAACAGUCACUGAACAGUGGUUUGUGCAAAGAAACGCAGGUUCGGUGCUUAGCUGAACCUCCAGAAACACCAUCUAGGACCAAUGGGGCAAAAGAGGAUGCUGCUCCUGAGCCACUAACAGCCAUAUUGAAGAAAUAUGACGCCAACUUUGAAAGCGAGACGACACGGAAUGACAGAAAUUCGAGAUCAAUUAGUAGCUCGGAAAGUUGCAGGCAAGAUUCACUCGUGCUGACAACGCCAUGUAGCAGACAAGCCACUCGUCAAGUGUGGGAUGCGCAAAUCUCGCCGAAUUGUCUAAGUGAAAAUAUGAAGCAUGGGGAUAACAGCGAGAGCUAUUUGGUGACAUCUUCGGAUAAUUACGUUUGCAACAGUGGGUCACAAAGGUGGCGGAAGAAAGAACUCCCAUCCCUACUAGAAUUAGGACCUCCCCCUUCAAAACCACCAAGACCAAUCAAUUUAGUACCUCCUGGUGCCGAGAGUAUUCAUCCACCACCACGGACUAAGAGGCCUAAUCAUCAUUCAGUGCCAGCACACUCGCUUGUACAGGAAGACCAAGAGCUGUACGGCGACACAAUAGUACCCGACGAAUCAUCCUCACCAAUACCAGAAUACACGGAAGAUGAAGAAUAUCAACUGUAUGCUGACACGGUACCACCAGCAGUGCCUGAUAGCAAAAGACCAGGAGUUGAAACAAUAUUGGUGCAGAAACUUGACGGAGAUAGCACUCAGUGCGAAGAAAUGUACCAAGAAAUGCCAUGUUCCGAAGUUGCAUGGACAGAGGAGGAAGGAAGGAAGAAAAGAGAAUAUGGAAAACUUGCAAGCAAGACUCAACGCAAGUUUGGCAUGACAGGACUGGAAGAACCAGUCGACACGGGUCUCGUCAAGUGUUCGUGCCGAGGUGGCCGUUUGGAUUUGAGUGUAAAGAAAGGUGAAAACUUGUAUAUUCUGCGCAUGGAGAACAACCCACCUGGAAAAUGGCUAGUCCGCAACAGCAAAGGCCAAGUGGGCUAUGCUCAAGUGACAAACAUUGAGGUAGAUGCAGACUCAAUCAGAGUUGUGAUGGUAUCACAAGUGCAGUCAAUGGGGAACAAAGACACCGUUGAAAAGUCCUGUCAUGAUGACGAAGCAAUAUAUGAGGAGACCUUUUAGGACUGAGGACCAACAGAUGGAGCGUUAUCUAGUCAGGGUGGAAGGUCAUGAGGAGCUUUUCCGAUCAUCUCUCUGUGUCCCCAUUUAUUCUGGGUGCCCACUGUAGUUUUUGGUGCAAUAAAAUGUGGUAUGGGCACCUGCUGCACAAUCGCAGUACAAAGCUCAAAACAUCGCGGGACCCUGUUCACAUUAGUCUUUUGGUCUAGUCAGCAAAGUGUCAUAAGUGCACAUAAGCAGUUGUUGACCUUGAGCAGCUUGGCAUCACGGUGCUUGCAUCACAUUUAAAAGCAUUGUCCCAAAAGGCUAAGGUGUAAAAUAAUGCAAUCAUCAAAAAAGCAGUGGGAAUCCCAACAACUUUCCAUCAUGUUGCAUAUCAUGCUGAAAAUGAGACCAGUAUUAAACGUGAAGCCCUAUUUUUGUAAUGUACAGAAUGAAAAAGUGCAACAUUCAGCCACAAAUAUGUACAGUUCAAAUUUGUAAGCAAGUUUUGAUACUGAAUUAUUUUGAUGCAUUCAAUAAAGAUGAUGAAAAUCUCUCAAAA